ACUGGAGAGGAAGCGGGGGGACGAGAAAACCAUCCCACUUCUGCUUUUUACUGCACAAAAUCAUCCCCUGAAUGAGCAAUGUGUCAGUUUGCUUUAGCUGGCAGAUUUUCACGAUGGAAAGUUGUGUGCUGAUCAUACUUGUCGCCAUGCCAGGUGUUUGGGGUGGAGCGUGGGGCGUGACCUUCGGAGACCUGUGUGCUUUGAAAGGGACAUCAGUUGUUAUGAAUUGCAGCUAUGAUUAUCCAUCUGGUUAUUCUGUCACUAAUGUGGGCUGGUCUAGACCCCACUAUGCGGCAGCCUCCGGCAAGUGGAGGCUGUUUUUCCUCUCGCGUCUCCCUACGCCCCCGGUCCACUUUGAGUAUGUGGGCGACUACAAUGGUAACUGUAAUCUGAAGAUCCACGAUGUGCAACGCACCGAUGAGGGAAAUUACUAUUUUAGCUUUGUGACAACGCUCGACAGAUAUACGAGUACAACCCCCGCCCGUUUGUCCGUGAAAGAGUUGACCGCAAUUGUGCGGCCGAGCACUGUGGCAGAGGGAGACGAUGUCAGCCUGACCUGUGUGUUAGGUUGUCCCGCACGUACAGCCGUCGUCUGGUUUAGGGAUGGACAGCGCGUGCUGAAACCAGUGUUCCAGGCCAGGAGAGAGGACGCCGGGAGGUACUACUGUGCUGUCCUGGGACAGGAGACGGUCAGAUCUGCCUCCGUGGUUCUGAAUGUCCAAUAUGCUCCCAAGAACGUAACGCUGUCGGUGAGUCCACCACGAGGCGUCGUCCAAGGCAGUUCGGUGGCUUUCGCCUGCGCCAGUGACGCCAACCCCCCUGUGACGCCCACGGCAUACAGCCUGUACAAGGACGGGCAGUUUGUCAGCGCAGGACAGAGCCACACGGUCCUCGGCGUCCAGCCCAGCCACAGCGGACUGUACCGCUGUCAGGCCUGGAACAAUGUGAGCUGGAGGGGCGUUGACUUGAUGAACUCUACUGAGAUCCGGCUGGAUGUCCAGUACGGUCCAACGUACAUUUCAGUUUCACUGGAACCACAGCAUGCCGUUGAGGGCAGCAGGGUGAACCUGACCUGCAGCGCUGUGGCGAACCCCGCGGCGGACAACUACACCUGGUGGCACAAGAGGACCGACUCUGCCAGCUCCAGCCCCGGCCCCAUGCUGUGGGCCGGCUCGGGACGGGUGCUGACCCUUCCCGCUGUGGAGGCGUCCCACGCGGGACUCUACGUCUGCCGGGCCAGGAACAGUGUCGGGGAGAUGAGCUCGGCUGAGAUGCUGCUGACCAUGAGCAGGGGGAAGCGAGGCAGCCAGCCCCACCUCAUCAUAGCCGGAGUCGGAGGCUUUCUUUCAGUGACCCUCGUGAUAGCUCUGCUUUGGUACCGGAAACAAAGAACCCAUGCAGAGAGAAAACCGGCUGUGUUUGGCUCCGGGCUCGGUGUAAGAGGCUCGAGCUCUCCGGCCACAGGCGAUCAGCUUGACGCCGUUUACGCCAACGUCGGCACGUCUCAAUGGUCUCCUCCGCUUGCCACUGCGGCUCAGGACGCCGCCUCUCGUUCCCAGAGGAGCGCGCGGCACGAGCACGAGCUCCCCACCUCGGAUGAAGCCGAGGUCACCUACUCAACGGUGACCAUCCAACCCAGAAACCCCAGUUUUCCACCUCGCACAAAUAACAGCCGAGCUCCACAAAAGUGCGGGAUCUGACCGUAUUGUCGUCUGAGUGUAGAAAAAAGGAGAAAGAUGGCGGCAGCGAGCUCAUGUCCGGGCCAAUUUGUGAACCCCUGGUGAGUUGUGAUAGUUCUAGAGGAGAGAGAUGAGAACGGAAACGGUUCAACACUCCUGUUAUGUAACACAUAGGACUGUGCUGAUCAUUCUGUUUGCCGUGCUACAUUUAUAGAGUUUGCCAUGCCACACGCUUUGCCAAUACCAGUGUUCACAGUUCAAAUGUAUUAUUAUUAUUAUUAUUAUUAUGAUAAUUAUUAUUAUAAACCUGGUGAUAUUUUUGUUAAUGAGAACAAUAGAAAAGUGCUUAAUUUGAAAGUGGACUGUACACAUUACUUGUAUUUGAACGGUUUACCAAUGACAGAGUAACUGUUAAUGCAAUAGUAAGUCACUGUUGUGUUUUGCAGUUAUUGGCAGUCAACACAUUCAGAGGCAGAAGUGUUAUUACCUGUAUUUCUUUAGUCGGCAUAAUGACAACACAAUAAACUACAAAGCAAUAUAUAAAUUCA